UUUUCCUCACACCCACCCACCUGUUCUAUUCUAUUCUAUGGUAGCAGGCUGCAUUGCAUCUGCGUUCGAGUGCGCGCUGGAUGGCCGCCUCGAUGCGCUGUGUUUGCUUGCGCUGCAGCUGCGGCCCAACCCCCACCACCACCACCACCAACACUCAGAUCCGUCCCACAGCCCUCCAGCCACACCAUCUGGAUGCGAUGUCCAGGUCGCUGCCCUGGCGUCUGGAUUGUCGUCCAUCUCGACGCUCUCGGCCACCAAAGCGACCCUGCGCACGCUCUUCCUGCCACUCAUCGCACUCUCCCUCCCGAACGCCACAGACUCGGCUGGCCGCGUUUGCACACGACGAGAGCCGUUCGCCAGCUGCUUGCGAUGGUUUAGCGAAGGCUCUGCGGACACGCUGGAUCUGUACGCAAUGUGCGCGCUCGAGCUUGGCGUGGAUGGCAUGGACAGCGCCGAGAUUGCUGCUGCGGGCGAUCCGGCCUGGGUGCUCGGCGCAACGACGACCACUGCUGCUGCAAUCCCAGCCAACGCUGCACAACGCAUUGCUGCCAUCUUGGAGCGCGAGACGCAAAUCCGUCAACGUCGAAGGCCACUGCUGUUUACGACGACAACGCCCGUGGUGUUUCAAGCAACUGCCAAUGCACCCACACCUGCGAACGUUGGCAAGCACACAGAUGCUGCUGCUGCUGUUGUCGCUCCAACGCAAGUCAAAACGCUCAAUCCGUCAGCCAUCGCUGCCGCCACACGCGAGGGUAUGCUGACGGGCGUUGCGAAUAUGAUGACCUUGUUCGAGACCGAACAUGCAGCACUACGUCUACUCAUUGUUUUAAGCGAGCUACAAAGCGCCAUCGAGUUUUCUUCGCUGGUGCAGUUCCAUCAACAUUUGAUCCAUCUGCAUUCGUUCGCACCUGGAGCUUCUUUCGCCACGGUGCCAAAGCCACUCUUGCGUUUCCCAUCAGACAUCUUUGAUAAUGACCUUUACGCGACUGCAGUGUGCGACGCUGUCCUUGUCGGUGUCGUCCGUCUUCCAGACCUCUUCCCAUUAGUCCGGGUCGUGCAGGCACUUUUACAUGUCGCCUGUGGUGCCCAAAUAAUCUGCGCCAUAGCAUGCGCGUUUCCUGAUCGCAUCACCGAGAUUGUGGAAGUGUUGUUGAACGUCAACCAACAAUACGCCUACUCGACCGAUCCAAAGAAGACGACGGGCGCCCUCGCAGCUGCAGCUGCUGGCGCGGUCGCCACUUCAGGCGUGAUUCCUCUCUCGCUCGCAUCCUUGGCUGCAACGCGCAUUGCCGUUGUUCUGCAAAUGCUCGUCUCGCUGCAACCUACCAAGUUUGGCAGUGCGAUUGCAGCAGCCAUUGUCCGCAAAACGUCGCCGGGCUUGACCGAUCUGGCCAUCAGUCUGACCGUCUUUUCCUGCCUUUUUGCGCAACCUGUGCUGAUUCCGUCCGUCAAGGCCAAGGCUGCGCCAGUGCUCUUGGCCUCGAACGCUGUGGCGUUUUUGCUUCAAGCGAUCACAGAUCCUCGAUCUUGCAGUUGGUUGCAUCCCGUCUUUGCUAGUGCACCCGCAAUCGACUCGGCGCCAGCCUCCAGCGCGACAGCAACUCUUCUAUCCUUGUCACUAUCAUCGUCGCAGCCGCAUGCCGAUGGUGACGGUUUGAAUUACAAACACUUGUUAACAGCGCUCAGCUCGCUCCCAAGCAAUGCUCCCGCUGUUACGAGACUACGCCUCAUGUUACUCGACCAUUUGCGACAGUUAACGGCUUCAAAGCUGAUUGCCGAGUGGGACGACCAGAAAGCGUUGCCUCCACCGUUUAAUACGCACCAGUUUGCACUCGCGCGCAUCGAGGCCAUGAAAGUAUACGCCGGCUUGAAUGGACUACUCGGACUCACCCUUGCCCCGGCAGAGUUUGAGGCUACCAUCCAGUUGCUCUUUUCCGCGGUGGCGCGUUCCAUUCCACUUUGCGACCGGCUGCUGAGCGUGACCAUCAGCUAUUUGCUGACUUGUCGUUUCCUGCCGGAUGCUGUCAUUGACACUGGACGUGUGGUGAAGUGGCUGCGUGUCCUCGGUGAGCACGUGCCAGCUCCUGGUGAGGUACCUGCUUCGUCCAAUCGUGAGAUGGCCAUGCUCGUCAUCACCAACUUUAAGUCGCGGCAACUUGCUGCUGUUGCCGACCUGGUCCGCUCCACUCUCGGCAUCAAUGUGUCGCUGCAUCGCGACAGUGUAACGAAGCUCGCCGAGCUCUUCAUCGGUAGGCGUGGCACGCUUGCAGAUGUAGACAUGACACCGCAAGCGCUGAACAUUCCUGUGACGCCCAACUUGUCCACCACGCAUUCCGGGUUUCUCCCCAUUCACUGCGUGCAAGCAUUUGUCACUCGCGACUUGUGCACCACCAGCCUCGCUACUGCACGCCUCACCAUGAGCUGGCUCGUCGCGCAAAUGUCCGCUGCCAGCGUUCCGGUGCACCCUGGGCUUUGCCAGCUCAUCGAGAGCUUUGCGGCUGCUCUGGUCCGGCGUGUUAGUGGCGAAAUUGCGGCUUCCUUGACCCCGGCCGGCGCCGGAGCGCCCUCAGUCGAUUUGAGGGCCACGAAGGACGGCAGCAGCAAUCCGUUUGCUUCAAACUUUUCUGUCCUCAGUGUCGGCUGUGGAAUUGAGGAGGCACCACUGUUGCACGUGGUAACCAGCAGCUCGUCUUCUCAGCCAAUCACUCGAGUGCUACUGCUGUAUUUCAUUCUCAACUGCAAUCGUGAAUGGCACCGAUCCCGCAUCCAACUGCUGUCAUCCGGAACGGCGCCUGUUCUGCUCAGCAACCCGGGGUCAUCCGGUGAGGCAGGCCGCAGUAUCCACAAUGCUUUAUUCCAUGCUCGAACGUUUGUAUCGGCCGACUUGCAAGACAGUUUGCCUGUGAAGCAGCUGCUCGCCUAUGCAAGGUUGCACGCCGCCGACUGUGCUUCGCUGUACCCACGUCUCCUUGCUCUUGUUACCGGCCAGUUCCUACAAGUCUUCGAUACUCACGAGGUCGUCGAGGAAGAGCGUCGUUCGGCCCAGCAGCACAUUGCUCGCUACAUGACUGGUCAAGCCAUCCUUGCUGGGCCGGGCAAUGCGUUAUUCCCGCAACCUUCCACCUCCGACAUUCACCCCGACACAGACGCCAUGGACGUAUUGCUUCCGGCAGCCGUGAGCGUUCUAGGCUAUUCCAAGGCAUUCCAACCUCGCCUUUCACAACCGCAGCAGCAACAGCAGCAGCAGCAGCAGCAGCAACAGCAGCAGCAACAACAACAGCAACAACAACAGCAACAACAACAGCACCAGCAACAACAACCACCACAACAACCCGUCACCGAUUCUCUCAUUGCCAAGCUGCGUGCCGAACCUCUAGUCGGGGCCAGUCAUUUGCCAGUGUUGGCGCUCCUGACAGCGCUGGAUCGAUUGCCAGUGUCGGUACUCGCCGAACACCGCUCGACUCUGACGUUGGAGGUCUUGCCCCACCUGCUGAAGCGAGAAGAGCUGCUGCACACCCCGCGAAUUCUCGACGCUUUUGUAUUGAUAUGGCAACGUUUGAACGCCAUUGAAGGCCGCCGGUUGUGGCUGGAGACAAUCCAGUCGUUGAGGAUGCCGUUGCAGAAUGCGGGGUCGGCUCGAUUCAGCCAAGCCCUUUUGAUUGAAAACCCAGCUCGCGCGUUGGAAGUGGACGUUCGAGUCUUUGCUGUCCCACAACUGACCAAGCUAGUUCUCUACGUCUUGAACGCCUACAUGGUGGCAUCUCGCGCGGAGAUUGCGCAACAGCAAGCCAUCGCACGCGCGCUGCUGACCGGCGCCCAGCUUGUUUCUUCUGGCUCAACCUCGUCGGGCCUGGGCAUGUCCCCGUUAGUGAAACUUCACCAAAGCGUCAUGACAGCCGCUGGUGGCCUGGGAGGAUUGGCAAGUGGUGGGGCUGAUAAGGUGCCGGGUCCUGGCGACUCCAUCGUGCCAUCCACUCCGCAGCAAGUAGACGACCUGUGCUGGAGCAUGGUGCAUGCUCAAGAAUCGUACAUUGUUCAAGCGCUACUGCACGUAUGCUGGCAUCUGGUGAAUGAAACGACCGGCACCGAGGAUAAAGACGCAACGCUGGGCGCCUUGUCUGCGGCUCCCAGUCUUGCUCUGCUUGAAACCCAGCCGAAAUCUCUCGGGACAUUGGCUCGACAGCAAGAAUCCCGUGCUCUUGUUUGCCAAUUCAUCCACCAGGCGUUCAUUGCGGCGCCCGAGCUGUUGCGCGUGGUGCACUUUCAAACAUACCCGAGCGCGUUGCUGCCCAUGAUGGUGAGCGGAGUGCCUUCCAUGCAUGUUCUGCUCGACUAUGUGGCCGAGCUGUCCGCACAGCCGUCACUACACCACCAGGCCUUUGCAGUGCAGCUCGUGUCGUAUCUCGUGCACAAGUAUCCGCUCCCCAAAGCCCUGGCAGCGGCGGAAGACUGCAUUUCUCGUCUCAAAGUGACGCCCUUGUUUUCAAUUCCCUUUGUUGGCGUGCCCAGUAGCUCGGUGCACGACGCACUGGCUGCAUUUGUGGACGACACCGAGGACCCACAUCUUCCGUCAACUCGCUCAGGUCUCGCGAUUGGCGGCAUUUCCGCGCACGCGCCACCUGCUGCCUCUGCCUCUCGGCGGCUGAUUCUGGGCCCCAAUUCAUUGUCACGCGAAAUGGUGAACGACUUUGUGCCUGGCCAGCCUCGACUCUCUGCUACGCAAGCCGUUGAACAAUUGUUGAGCGUGCCCUUGCCAACUCUUGGGCAGACAGGCAAUACGGCCAGCGGCAGUAUCAGCGUUGCUCCCACCACAAGACUCACCCUCACUGCACGAUCUAUUGCUGACAAGUACCUCCAACAGCCGCACCCGGCAACGUCUGCGCGCAAGUUCUUCCUGGCGACCGUCCCGUGCCUCUCUCGGCUGGUACAGGCAUUCCCCUCACUUUGUCACGCUGCAGUUGAGUUGCUCCAUCAGCUGCGUGGCGUGGUCGAGGAAUCCAAAGGCGUGACACAAGCACUGAACAAUGAGUGGCUUGGUCAAGCACCCGACGCCGGCGGCUGGACAGCACAGCUGCGGGCGCAUCAGGGCGAGCAGGCUGCACACGAUGUGAUGAUUUUCAAAGCGGCCGAACCCCAAAGUCGCUCCACCCUCACUUUGACGCACAAUCUCGCGCCAUCUGACCCAGUCGGUCGCUACAACCGAGCUCUCGAAGACCUGGAGGGAGUUAUUUCGCUUGCUCUUGAUGAUAUCGCUGCAGUUGUCCAACAGGCUCGAUUUGGAGCAUGAGCGGCGGUGCGGCGGUGCGACAGCAGAGUUCUGUCAAACCUUCCACCUUCAACCUUUGUCGUUCUUCGUUCCAACCGCCACGAGCCUUGCUGGAGUGCUGAGCAUGGGCGUAUGUUUGGACAAUGCUCACAACAUCAACCCAAACCCC